AUGACGGACGACUACUUCAACCUAGGCUCGUACGGCCGAACCGUAACGACCAACUCCUCCGACGCCCAGCUAUGGUUUAACCGCGGACUGGUUUGGUCCUACUCAUUCAACCAUGAAGAAGCCUCCCGCUGCUUCAUUAAAGCCAGCAAGGCCGAUGAGAGUUUGGACCUGGCCAGAACUAUUACGGAAAUGAAACCCGUACUCCAACGCGCCCGGGCUUUGGCAGCACAAGGGGCGAGUCCGGCCGAAAGGGCCUUGAUUGAGGCCUUGGGGGCUCGGUUUCCCAAAGAUGAUGAUGAAACGAAGCCAGAGGAUUUGGAUCUUCAUGCGUUGGAUCGUGCUUAUGCAGACGCCAUGCGACCCGUCUACGAGGCUUAUCCAGAGGACCCUGAUAUCGUGGCUCUCUUUGUAGAGUCACUCAUGUGCAUAUCCCCGCGGGCUCUGUGGAAUCUUGACACCGGCGAGCCCUGCGGUCCCCAUACGACUGAGGCUCGUCGGGCUCUGGAGAAAGCUAUGGCCCCCCUCCCCGGUGCCAGUAACAAUCCUGCCUACUGCCAUCUGUAUAUCCAUCUCAUGGAGAUGGCUCCGUAUCCGGAGGUCUCACUACCAGCUGCGGAUCGACUUCUUCGACUCGUGCCAGAUGGUUCGCAUAUGCUGCAUAUGCCUAGCCAUAUUUACGUCGCUUGUGGUGACUACCGAGCGGUUAUUGAUUCGAACAACCAGGCCAUGGCUGUCGACGACAAAUACUUUGCCAGGGAGCCGGGCACCCUCUUGUAUAUCAUGUACCGAUCGCACAACAUCUACGUAAAGGUCUAUGGUGCAGUCAUCUCUGGGAACUUUGCAGAGGCCAUCUCUGGCAUGAAGCGUCUCCAGGAAAUCCUCACCCCCGAGCUCUUGUCUAUAACCACUCCUCCUAUUGCGAAUUGGGCAGAAGGAUUUUUGGGAGCUAUAGCCCAUGUCUUGAUCCGUUUUGGACGGUGGAAUGAUAUCUUAGAUCUACAGCUCCCCGAGGAUAAGGAGCUAUUCGCGUCCACGACGGCGAUGAUCUACUAUGCCCGUGGUAUUGCUUUGGCGGUUUUGAAUCGCGUAGGUGAAGCUCAAGAGGAAAGGAAGAAAUUUGAAACUGCUCGCAAAAAGGUUCCCCCAUCUCGCUUGAACAGCCUACCCGUUCGCGAGGUGGACGUCCUUGAGAUCGGAUCGGCUAUGUUGAAAGGAGAGAUCGAGUAUCGCCAGGGCAACUUUGAGGAAGCCUUCAAUCACUUGCGACAAGCGACAAAGUUGGAGGAUAACCUUGUCUACGCUGAUCCUCCGCCAUGGAUGCAGCCUGCACGACAUGCGCUUGGAGCUCUGCUUCUCGAACAGGGUCACGUUAGUGAAGCACAGCAUGUGUAUGAAGAGGAUUUGGGGUUGAGUGAAACCCUCCCGCGUCGGAAGGCAAGAUUGAACAACGUCUGGAGUUUGCAUGGCUUGUAUGAGUGUCUGGUCCGGCAGGGGAUGCAUGACAAGGCUCGGUAUAUUCGUGCUCAACGCGACGUUGCGCUGGCUUCGGCGGAUGUUCCUAUCAAUGCUUCAUGUUUCUGUCGUCUUUCGGCGGUUGAGUCGACCAAUCAAACUCCCAUCAACCCAGGAUUCAUGGAUUACCUAUCCCUAAGAAGACUAAAACAUGAUCUGAGGGGACCUGAGAGACGACGACACAGCGACCAGCCACCCUCUUCAGAAUUGAUUAAAUUAAUGCCUGAUCGUCCUCUAGCCGAAUACCUGAUGCGAUCGUACUUCUCAACCUUCGAGACAACAUUACGCAUACUGCACGUCCCAUCAUUCAUCAGCGAAUGGAAAGCUUUCUGCGAUCGUAACGUGUCCCACGCUGAUGGAUUGCCCAAUAGCAAGUCUGAAAUUUUUACCGCAAAACUCCUCAUGUUAAUGGCAUGCGCCAGCUGCUUCGCCACCGAGAAGACAGAACCACUGGCAUCCGCGGGCUUCAGCCCGCAGUCACUGAUACAGACAUGUCAUACUUGGAUCUCAGCAGUCACCACAUGGUUAGCAGCCAUGAAAAGCCACGCCCGACUGAAUCUGGAUGUGAUCCAGAUCAAAUGCCUACUGCUCCUUGCACAGCAAGCAACCGCCCGAGACGGCGAUCUAGCCAGCCUGGCGUCCGGAUCCCUACUCCGCGAAGCGAUGCUAACGGGUCUUCAUCGGGAUCCAUGCAACUUUCCCAGCAUUUCCCCGUUUUGGGCCGAACUACGCAAACGCCUCUGGCUAACAGUCAUCGAGCUGGAGCUCCAAGCCUCUCUGUACAGCGGGAUACCAUUGGCCGUAUCAUGGGACGAAUUUGACAGCCCCUUGCCAUCUGACAUUGACGAUGAGGACAUUACCAUCGACUCGCUCCAUCUACCUCCUUCGAGGAAAUCAAAUACCCUAACCAGAACAUCCUUCCAGAUUGCUCUAGCGCAGACACUAGAGACUCGAAUAGCUAUAUCCAAAAUGGUCAAUCGGGUACGCCUAAGCGCGACUUACAACGAUGAAGUCACCACCCUCAGCGAACGCCUGACAACAGGACUGGCGCAGGCUCCAGCAUACCUCCGAGACGACACCAGUACAUCACCCUCACCUAACGACAGCAGCGUCAACACAGAGUUCCGCCGCUCAUUCUUCCUCUCCUUGCACUACCGCAGCCUCCUCGCCCUCCACCGACCCUUCUUCCUGCGCUUCACAGAAACCCACCUCGACCAGGAACCCUUCAUAUUCUCGCGACGAGUUUGCGUCCAGACCAGCAUAGCUUUGCUUUCUCAGCUAGAGCGCUUUCCACACCACCGCCCUAACAACAACCAGCCAUCAGCACCACUACCUAACAACAACAACCAAUUCUCCCCACACAUACACCACCUCAAAGGCGGGCUCUUCCGCGACGACCUCUUCCACGCGGCAGCAACAAUCUGCUUCGAGCUACGCUUACAAACCAAAUCCCAUGACCGAGUAGUCGAGAUACCUUUUCCGGGGAGUAGUAGUAUCUUGAAAUACAUGGAUCAAAGCGUGUAUUAUCAGCGGCUGGCGCUGUUCGAGAGCGUGGAGAACACGAUUAGGUAUUUUGAGGAGAAGGUGAGAGUGGAAAAGAGGGCGACGAAGAUGUUUAGUAUAUUGAUGAUUCUUUUUAUGGUGGUUAGGAAUGGGGGUGGGGGUGGGGAGACGGUGCCGUUGGGGGUUGAUGAUGCAUGUCCGGUUGCUUCGAGGAGGUGUAGGGAUGUGUUAUUGGAGGGAUAUCAAUGCCAGGAUGAGGAGACGGAAAUGGGACGACCUAAGUUUAAGCAGGCAGAGUCUUCGCAAACGCAGAGUUUGGAAUCGGAUCUAGCUGUAGAUGCGUGUCAUCAUACGAAUGCCCCGCGGCCAGUGGCUUGGGAUGAUGCAGCAGCUGGUGAUCUGAGACAUCUUGAUUUCGACUGGUGUUUCGCGCUUGAUCCCCUGUCGCCUUAUCCGAUAAAUAAUUGGGCGGAUUUGGAUCCUCUAAUGAUGUGA